AUGAAGAAGGAAGAGGAAGGGGAAGAAGAAGGAAGAAGAAAGAAAAGGCAAGAAGAGGAAAGAAGAAGAAGGAAGAGAAGGAGGAAGAAGAAGAAGGGGAAGAAGGGGAAGAAGAAGGGGAAGAAGAGGAAGAAGGGGAAGAAGAGGAAGAACAGGAAGAAGAGGAAGAAGAGGAAGAAGAGGAAGAAGGGGAAGAAGAGGAAGAAGAGGAAGAAGAGGAAAAAGGGGAAGAAGAGGAAGAAUAGAAAGAAGAGAAAGAAGGGGAAGAAGAGGAAGAAGGAUGAAGAAGGAAGAGGAAGGGGAAGAAGAAGGAAGAAGAAAGAAAAGGGAAGAAGAGGAAAGAAGAAGGAAGGGGAGGAGGAAGAAGAAGGGGAAGCAGAGGAAGAAGGGGAAGAAGAGGAAGAAGGGAAAGAAGGGGAAGAAGAGGAAGAGGAAGAAGAGGAAGAAGGGGAAAGAGGGGAAGAAGAGAAAGAAGAGAAGAAGAGAAAGAAGGGGAAGAAGAGGAAGAAGGAUGAAGAAGGAAGAGGAGGAGAAAGAAGAAGGGGAAGAAGAAAGAAAAGGGAAGAAGAGGAAAGAAGAAGAAGGAAGAGGAGGAGGAAGAAGAAGGGAAAGAAGGGGAAGAAGAAGGGGAAGAAGGGGAAGAAGGGGAAGAAGAGGAAGAAGGGGAAGAAGAGGAAGAAGAGGAAGAAGAGGAAGAAGAGGAAGAAGGGGAAGAAGAGGAAGAAGUGA